AUGUCUGCUUUUGGACUGCUACCAAGUCCUCCCAUCUCAGAUUCGAGGCCUGCCAGUACAGGACCUGAAUCUUAUUUCGCCUGCAAGGAAACUUCGCACGUGGACGGUGAGAAUGGUCCCUAUGAGUUGGAAGCGCCGGAAGCGCCGACUCCAGAGAAACCAGCGGAGAAGUCCACGAAGAAAGUUCUUGAAGAAACUACAGAGGAGCAUGAAAAACAACCGGAACAGGUUCAGAAUUCACCACAUACUAUCUAUCGUUCUUGGCAGACAAGUCCGGUCGACCCACGACUGGCUGAUGUCACAAGCGUGCAAGAAGCCCAUUCAAAUUUCAUGCGGCAAUGCGAGAAUGGCGAAAUAGCAUCACCAUCAGAUGGACCUAAAGCUCCACCGGUUCCUUUCACAUCACCUGCAUCUGAACUCAACCCAGGAUCUGUUUCAGAUAGGUCCCCGAGACCACAACGCCCGAGAACUGGAACUGUCUCGAGCGAAGCAAGCUGGGUGCCAAACAACUUCUCGUAUUGCAAGACAUGGCUCCAAGGUGUACCGCUUGAGUCUCCAAAUGGUAUUCAAAAUGAGAAUCCCCGGGUGUCGAACAGGAGGAAAUUCCAGAUCGUUGAGAAGGAUCCACCCAUGCCCUCAUUAGACGCCAUUCCCGGGGCUAAGGCUCUUGAUGAACCUGUGCGAUUUGCCGUUGCCAGCAAACCCCGAUUAGUAGAUAUUGCGCGACAGUCCUCACCGUCUGUAGCGCGUUCUCCCUCAUUGGAUCCAUCCCCGGCACCGCCUCCUGUACCGGCGCACACAGUUCCAAUGACGCCUGACCAAAUCCAGGAGGAAGUUUCAGCAUUCAGUCCUGAUACACCUCAAGACAACCCCCUUGCUAUGUCUGAUAGUGGCUACGGUACUCGGGAGUCUGGUUACUCUCUGGACAGUUACCCGGACAGCAAGGACGACGACACAUAUACUGAUCCUGGAUCAUUAACAUCAGACAGCGUCACAUCAACUGUUGUUUGCGAACGUUCAGACUCCGCGCCGGAAGAGCGCGAAACAUCACCGCAGCCUGAGAUACGAUCAGGCAGUGUCAGCCCUCAGGCCUCACCAUUACCACCUGCUCACACUUCCCCAGACCGAUCUAUCAAGUCUGACAAGGAAGACUUGGCGAAACAAGGUUCAUGGCGACAUGAGUGGACAAUAGACGACCAUGAAUGGACGCUUGGAGAACUCGAACACUCCGUCAAAGACUUCCCUCGCAACAUGCUACGUCUCACGUCACCAGUCAUCGUAUUCCUCCGCAAGAACGACGAGAAGGCCCUCCUGCGGCCAUUCCGCACUAUUUUCCCAGAUGCCACAGAGAAUCUAUUAGAUUGUCUGUGCGCUGCAGUCAUUGCUCGCAACUAUCUCCUUUCUCUUGCCGCGACCCAUCGCCGCAGACCUUCAUUAUCUGUCCGAAACGACAUAUAUGCCGUAGAUGCCAUUCCCGCAAAAGCAUAUAGCACUCUGGGCAUCCAACUCCCGACUGGAUCACCUAGUCACCGCAAAGAUCGGUUUAUUGGCUCCCGCAGCAGUGAUCUUCGUCAACAAGUUGAGAAAAUUGUUGACAACCUGCUGUUUGCCAUCUGUGGACGAUCCGAUAGCACACUGAAAUCCGCAGUCGAAGUCCUGGCGCAGGUCCUCGAAACCAAGGCUACAUAA